AUGGAUCUGUCAGCAACAGCUGUAGACGAGAUCGACGACAUCGUAUUUAUGGUUCAAACAAUGACGCGUUUGGGAGUUUCGCAUAAAGGCUUGAAAACAUUAGACGAAAUGAAAAGCGCGGUGAAACAGAAACUUACAAUAUUGCCGAAAAAAUCCAGUUGGACAGCAAGAGAGGUAAGGACGAUAAGCAAUGCGAGGUUAAUUCAUCUAAGUGUCACGGAUCAGGAAAUAAACCUUAGAUAAAAUUAAAGGCUGCUUCAGACAAAAUUAUUUAUGAACUGAGCUGUUGAUGAAAUGAAGCUGCCGCUCGAUUCAGGAAUGUUACUCCAAGUUUAAAGUUUAAAACACUUUGUAGAGUUUUCCAUUGAUUACCUCUUGAUGCCUAUAUCUUUUUAGUUUGUGUAUGUCAGAACAUAA